UAGAUUGUUCUCCAGACGUAUCGGUCCGCGCCAGGUAUAUACUAUACGUAUAGUCGCUUCGAGCGUACACUCGAUCAGCUGGUCUCGAGAACGUCACUCACGCGUGUGAUAACAUCCAUCGACGUCGUGGGCACGUGAAAAGCAUGUUAAAAAUAGAAUCUGCAUAUAUAGAUCGAAUUAGGCGGACGUUGUAACGUAGUGGUAGGUCGUGACUCCUUGUGUCACCCUCGAACUCGGUUCGCCGCGGAAAAGUAACCUUCGUCUACCCUAUUUUAAUAUUCAAUCCUCCGCCCAGCCGUGCGUGGCCGACCACGGGGGCAUCCCCCGUAUAUGUAUAUAAUUAGCCGUUGAUCGAUAAUCGUCGAUGACAGUCUCGCUGGCUGCUCGUCGGCGUCGGAACAGUUACAGCCUGGAAGCGGUCGCGGCGAUUUCAGGAAACGGAAUCUCAUCUACCACGUAAUUUUUCCAAUCGAAUCAAAUGGUUGGGCCCAAUUGUCGAGCAUCCGCUGAUCUCUAACAUCCUCCAACAAUUUAAAUUAGGUGUAAUAAAACGUUCACUGAACACUGUGAAUCUCUGAGUGCAUCUUCUCUGAAUGUUUUGGCUGUUUCACGACUUUAAAGGCGCGUCAACUAUGCGAACGUCCAUCUUACAAUUAAUCCAACUCCUCUACCAACAUGUCGUUCAUUUCUUCUCCCUAGUGCCCCUGGUGUCUAAGAAAGUAAAGUUUGAAUUUGAAUUCAGUUGACCAUUGAAAAGUGUUAGUCCUGAUCUAAGACGGUACGCGUGUGUUCGGUCGUUUAUUGGCUCACAGAGCCAUGUACUAUGCUGUCAUCGAGCCUAAACGAUCUCGUCGUUGAUCCUUUGCAUCGCACCUACUUGUUUAGGAAAGAAUAGCGAAGAAACGUAGUCGACGAUUCUCGUUUCAUCGCAGAAGAAUUUUCCUCGAUAAUCGACUUUGGAAGGAGAUCUCCUUAGGAGUAGGAAACAGGAUGGAAAAGUACGAGAUGAUGGAGGUUGUUGGAGAAGGUAGCUAUGGAGUAGUGAUGAAGUGCAGACAUCGAGAGACUGGCCAGUUCGUUGCCAUCAAGAGGUUCCUGGAAACUGAAGAGGAUCUCCAGGUGCGGAAGAUGGCGUUUCGCGAGAUCAGGAUGUUAAAGAAAUUGCGUCACGAGAAUUUGGUGAAUAUGAUCGAAGUAUUCCGGCGAAAGAAACGAUUCUACCUAGUGUUCGAGUACCUGGACCACACUUUGCUGGAUGAAUUGGAACGCUUUGGUGGUAGCCUAGGUUACGAGGUAUCUAAGCGACAUAUCUACCAAGUACUUCGGGGAUUAAACUUCUGUCAUGCCAAUAAUAUCAUGCAUCGUGACAUAAAGCCAGAGAACGUUCUCGUGUCGCCCAAUGGAGUCAUCAAGCUUUGCGACUUUGGAUUCGCUCGACUCGUCAGUGGACCAAACGAAUCCUGCACGGAUUACGUAGCAACCAGGUGGUACCGAUCUCCAGAACUGUUGGUUGGCGAUCCACGGUAUGGCAAACCAGUGGACGUCUGGGCAACAGGCUGCCUGUACGCUGAAAUGAUGACUGGAAACCCCCUGUUCCCUGGCGACAGUGACGUAGAUCAGCUUUACAGAAUCACCAAAGUUCUUGGAGGACUCUGCAACAAGCAUCAAGCGAUGAUGGGCCACAAUGGACCUGGAAGAAUGCUGCGUCUGACGAGCGCAGACGAGCUCGUAGGACCCCCUCAGUCUGGUCUCGCGUCUAUUCGUAGAAUGUUCCCUUUGUGGGACCCUUUGACCACGGAUUUCUUGGCUCAGUGUCUUCGAAUGGACCCUGACUUGAGGCCUAAGUGCUCGACGCUGUUGAAUCAUACCCUGUUUACGAGAAACGGCUUCGCGGACAAGUUCCUCGACGAGUUGCAGCUCCACGUCGCCAAGGAGUCCGCCAUGAAUCCUUUGGUUGGCAAAAGAUCAGAGGAGAGGCGAUUGAGCAUCCUUUUGGCAGAGUCUCCGACUAGAACUUGUCGCAAAAGCACUGGCAGAUGGCAGAUAACCAUGAUCAAGGACAAAUCGAACAGCGACAAAGUCCCAUCGGAGCAAAUCGAGACCGUGGAGACCCAUCGACCACCUCCGAUACAGAUCACUCGUCCAAGGGAGGUUUGUUACUUCGGGCCCGUUUCCGUGGCGCCGAAUACGACCUACAUCCGGAGGCUCGAGCACAAAGGAUUGCUUACAGCAGGGUCAAAGGGUUGCACGCUGCUACCCUCCCUAGCGUCUAAAGACCAGAGCAAGGCGAGCACUGCUGGCAAGAGAAAGAGAAUCGAUUUUCCCAGCGUGGAUCGCUAGAGGAAUCUAUCACGUAUCAUAGGCAAGUGAUCCUGAUCAACCCUUUGCGCCCAAAGGUCGAUUCUCAGCCGCUAUGGCGCUUCAUAUGGCGGCUCUAUGGAAAUGAACAUUUCGUGAGACGAAUUUUAAAUGGAUUUUUUUUCUUUAAUCGAGUAAUCUCUAAAUCGAUUUUCAUGUAUAAAUAUACUGUCUCAGUUUGAUAUUGUAUAUUUUUUCCUUUCCUCAAGAGGUUAAGGCAAUUUAUCGAUUGGUUUGGUCAUUUUUAUAUAAUUACAUUGCUCACCUUGAAUUCUUUAUAUGCAGGAGAGUCAUUAAACACCAACACGAAAGUUUCUGCUCACCUGCCCGGUGAAAUUUCCAAGUACAGAAAUGAAUUUAUUUCGUGAAAAUGUACAUAUAUAAUAGUGGUCGAUCAACCAGUACACUUGUAAUUUACUUUAUAUAUUAUUAUACUAUCAAUAAAUGUAUGUUGUAUAAUUGUUUUGGAUGUUGUAUUUAUCUACUAAGUAAACGAGUUAUUUUUAGUAUUUAAAUUCGGAUAAAUUAUUCAUUUACAAUAGUAACGUAUCACGAGAAAUGCUUUUUCAUAUCAACUAACAAGAAUCCAAUGUUUCAUUCAACUAUUAAAUUAUGUAUAACCAAUAUUGUUGGCUGUUGUAUUACUCGAUCGAUUAAUACUUUUUCGACGCGCAUUAAAUGCAAGGGGAAACCUAUUUUCUUUUAACAUAACAAGUACUUAUAAGAUGGUAAUGUGAUAUAUGUAGUAUAAUAAUAUAAUAAUAAAAUACUACUGUACGCGUGUUUCUAUUUUGUAACAGUGAUAACGUGUCGAGAGUACCAGUGAAAAGUAGAAAAAGUGUAAUAUAGUAUAAUAUAUGAUAUAAUAAUAAAAUAGAAAUGCAUGCA